AUGCCGUUGAUCCACGUGGAGGACGACGCCCACUUCAAGAAGAUUCUCGCCGACAACGCUGACGGGGUCGUCAUCAUCGACUUCACCGCCUCAUGGUGCGGCCCGUGCAAGAUGAUCAGCCCCGUCUUCGAGGAACUGGCCGAGCAGCACCCCAAUGUGCCCUUCUUGAAGGUCGAUGUCGACGAGUGCACCGAAGCGGCCGGUGACGUGAACGCGAUGCCCACCUUCCGCGUCAUCAAGAAUGGAAAGAAGGUCAAGGAGUUCAGCGGCGCCAACGCGGACGAGCUGAAGGCCAUGGUGCAUGCCCACGUCGCG